CACUUCUCGCGAGAGUAGCGUGUUGUUUUUACAUAGCUAGCACUUAAUAAGCUAGCUAGUUUCUCUGCAGUGCUCUCGUUCCUAUUCAACUGCAAUGGACGCCCUCGGAGCCCUUGACGAUGCAGAGAGGCCCCGGCACCGUCCUUUCUUGAUCGGGGUUAGUGGAGGAACCGCCAGCGGCAAGUCAACAGUUUGUGCCAAGAUAAUGGAGCUCCUGGGCCAACACAAGGUGGACCACCGCCAGAGGAAGGUGGCCAUCAUCAGUCAGGACUGUUUCUAUCGAGUCCUGACUCCAGAGCAGAAGGCAAAGGCACUGAAAGGCCAGUACAACUUUGAUCACCCAGAGGCAUUUGACAACGAUUUAAUGUAUAAAACCUUGAAGGACAUUGCGGAGGGAAAAGUGGUGGAAGUGCCAACAUAUGAUUUUGUUACCCAUUCCAGGCUGGAAGACAGGAUCACAGUUUACCCAGCAGACGUGGUCCUCUUUGAAGGCAUCCUCGUUUUCUACCCCCAGAAAGUACGUGAUAUGUUUCACAUGAAGCUCUUUGUGGACACAGAUUCAGACGUCAGACUGUCUCGCAGAGUUCUGCGAGACAUGAACAGAGGGAGAGACUUGGAGCAAAUUCUUUCACAGUAUACGACGUUUGUCAAGCCUGCUUUUGAGGAAUUUUGUUUGCCUACGAAGAAGUACGCUGAUGUGAUCAUUCCGAGAGGAGUGGACAAUAUGGUGGCCAUCAACCUCAUCGUGCAGCACAUCCAGGACAUUCUGAAUGGAGACAUCUGCAAAUGGCAACGUGGGUCCAUCAACAGCAAUGGGCGGGGCUUCAAACGGGCCAUUUCAGAGCAGGGUGACCUGCAGAUUGGAGCCACUAAUCCUGCAGGAAAGAGGGUCCUGCUGGAGCCCAGUAGUCGCCCUCACUGAGACUGCGGAUGAAUGUAGGCCGAGGAUGAGCUUUGAGUCGGGAAUCGCUGCUGCUGAUUUUUGCGGAGUGGGUCGGCAACUGACGGAGUUUUGAGAAACUCGGUCACUACUCCGACGUCAGUUUCCCCCUCUGUGUAGCUUUUUAAAAUUGUCCACAUUAACGAUAUCAAAAGUAUCCAGUGUCAUAAGUCUUGGUAAUUUUAUUGUUUGUGCACAAUGAAUAUGUUAAUAGUGUGCUUUUCACAUGUAAUAGUCUUCCAUUAUUUUUUUCUUAAGUUUUAAUGUGUUCAGGUAAUGUUACUGAAAACACGAGUGAUAAAGGUCAGAGACAGGAAAAUAUUUAAAUUCCGCCAUGCUUUUGCACUGAGUUUUAAUUUUUGCUUUUUUGGUGAUUUAAUGGAGAUAAAUAUAUAUAUUUAAAUUAUAUUAAUACUAGAUUGUUGCUUUCCGUCUGUUUUUAGUAACUUGGGUUUUCUAUUGAGAGCUUCCUUUUGAAUAUUGAAUGCUGAACACACGCCUUAACAUUUUUAAGUUUAUCUUCCAUACACUGUUCUGUUCAAUAAUAAAAAAAGAAAUUCUAUUA